UAGUCGCAGUUGUUAAGUAAAUUAAAAACAAUGGCCGGUUCUUUGAUGAUUCUAAUGGGAGCACUAACUCUCUCAUCUCUGCAUCGAUUUAAUUACACCUGUGAUACUACGUAUUACAAAUUUCCGAAGUUUUGGACAAAUACUGGUUUAUGUCCCGCCGGUAGAAUCAUACAUGACGAUAUUAGAGACUCACUUCUCUCAGACGCCAUGCAAAUGAAUCUGUUGUAUAUAGCAGCACUUCCUAGAGGUGCCAUAACACAUAUACGCAUACAUUGGUUAUUGGAACUGCUACAGUUUGAACAGUUCUCACAGUCCGGAGUACCUAUUUACGAUUUUAGUGUUUUGGAUAAAUUCCUAAUGGAUUUGGAUGAAAUGAAUAUAAAACCAGUUAUUGAGUUUAUGGCAAAUUUAUCGGAUGUCUUUAUUAAAAACCCAACUCAGAAUGGUUUAUAUUGGGACAACUUAAGCUACCAAGUCGCCAGACAUUAUUUAAAUAUGUUUGGAGCAAAAAAGGUUUUAAACUGGCGAUUUGAAACAUGGAAUGAACCAGAUCUGCUAACGUAUAAUAAAUUGAAUUUUUCAGUUGAAGAUUACCUUACAUACACUCAAUCCCUACACAAUGGGCUUGAAAUCGCUGGUAUCAGACCCGUUGAUAGUUUGCACUUUCCUUUGAGAGGACCGGCAGGCCUUUUUAAGGCUGAAUCUCAUCAUUUAUUGUGUUGGAGUAUUUUGGAAUUUUGUAACGAAUAUAUAGAAAGUUGUCCACUAGAAAUCCUGACAUACCAUCGAAAGGGAUUUGGUGAAAAUGCAUCUGUAAUUUUAAAUAACUCAAAACUCUUAUUAGCAAAGAUCUACGAAAAGUAUCCGAAUUUGCAAAAAUUACAAAUUUCGAAUGACGAAUCUGAUCCCAUCUCUGGUUGGUCAACGCCUCGGGAAUUUCAGGCGGAUGUUCGUUAUGCCGUAACAUUAGUCAAUAUAAUUAUAGAGCACUGGAGAGCCAAAUUAACAAAUACUUUGUUUGUCAAUUUGGAGACAAUUAGCCAUGAUAAUGCAUUUCUAAGCUAUCAUCCAUAUGAGUUUUAUCAGAGGACGCUAUUGGCCCACUUUCGGAUGAACAACACAAUUCCCCCGCAUUCACAAUUUAUACAGAAACCCGUUUAUACAGCUUUGGGACUUUUAUCACGCCUGGCGGAUUUGGCAUCAGACGUGUUGACAAUAGAAAUGACAAGUGGCAUACGACUGGAUGUUUUAAAAACUAUUGACUCGGUCAAAUAUCCACUGUAUUACAGUUGGUUAAUCAUGCCGGCUGCAGGCUUCUCGGCAAAUAAAAUGUUUUACGGUGGCCGGGAAAACAUAAUUUUACCAGAAAUUCAUAUAUGUGAUAAUGAAAUUUAUGCAUUUAUUCUAGAAUCUAUUGAUCAAGAUCAUACAAAUCCGCUCAAUGUUUGGCUUAAUUUCAACAGACCAUCGUAUCCAAAUGCAACAAUACGUGAAGUAAUGCGACGCCAACAAGGUCCCAAAAUACUCACAACUGGAAUUUUACUAAAUACUACUCUCACGCUUGACUUGAGUACUGUUAAGGCUCCCUGGUUAAUGUUGUUGAGAAUAUGUUCGAUUUUAAAACCUCACCUAACAACUCCACAAAAUCUAUUACUUACGCCUGUGACACAUAAUGAAGUUUUGCUUACGUGGCAGGAGAUUAAUCCCACAGCGGUACAAUGUCAUAAAACAUAUGACGUUUGGUUUAAAAUGAAUAAUACUCAAUCGUGGAUAAACAUUUCUUCUGAUUGGCAUCUACCGUUUCCAUCGUUUCACUUUGCACCUUCAAACGGAUUAAAUGUUAAUGGUUUUUAUAAAGUACGUGGCAUCGAUAUUUUUAAUAAAACCAGCAUGUUUUCAACGCAAGUACAGUACAUUGAAGUUAAAUAAUGCAACAAUUCAAUUGAAAUAAAGUGAAAAAUAAAGCAAACAAUUAAUAUACAUAUAUUUUUUUGCUUUUAAAUAAUUAAAUUAUUUGUAACACAUUUAUGAAAAAACUUUUUAAAAGUUAUAAAAAUAAUUUUUAGUAUAUAAGUUGAAAUUCCAGUACUUCUUUAGAUGGCUAAAUACAUAAAUUCAAAUAAGAAAUUACGAGCUUUUCUAAAAUUUGUUCAAUAAAUAAAAUAUUUCUUAAAUUCUAAUUAAGAUAAAUACACAA